AUGGGUACAGCUUCAAGCAAACAACAGGUGCCGACACUCGCAGCAAAGCUGUCCGCCAAAGCGAAAAAGAAGUACAAGAAGAUUCAAGGAAGGAGCAAUGCGCUAGAGCCUACCUCGGAAGCGCAGUCGCGACCCGAGACGUGUCAUUGGAACAAGCUAUCUACGGAGCUCAAGCUACUCAUCUUCGAAUACUCGGGCCUUAUCUUGGAAGAUCCUGUACGCCAUCCGAAUGCGACGGGUGCGAGUGCGAAAUACCAGCUUAGACAGCUCAGCUUUGGUCUCGUGAACAAGGAGUUCAGACAAUUGAGCCAGGACGUUUGGUACAAGAAGAAUACGUUCGUUGUUGCGCCGGUCUGGGUCACUGACUGGAUAGACGCCGGCCCAGUAGGCCGCACGGUUCUCUCAUACCCAAACCCAAGCCAUGGCCACCUCGUCCGGAAUCUUCAGGUAGAAUUUACCGUGGGUUGGGGACGUGCUGUGGAGGACUUUGCCCUCUGA